GCGGCAGCACCAUGGAGAGCUGCCGGGCGCUGGCGCUCUGCGCCGUGGCGGCCGCGCUGCUGCUGGGCGCCCGCGGGCAGGGGCCGACCCCGCCGCGCCGCGCCCGCGACCUGGGGCCCCCCGGCGGCGGCGGCGCCUCCCGAGAGAAGGAGCUGAUCGAGGCGCUGCAGGAGGUGCUGGAGAAGCUGAAGAGCAAGCGGGUCCCGCACUACGAGAAGAAGUUCGGGCAGGUGCCCAUGUGCGACGCCGGGGAGCAGUGCGCCGUGAGGAAGGGGGCCCGCAUCGGGAAGCUCUGCGACUGCCCGCGGGGGACUUCGUGCAAUUCAUUCCUCCUCAAGUGCCUGUAAGCGGGGACGCCCCGGGACAAGCUGCCGGGAGCGCAGGCACCGACGUCUCCCCGCCCCGACGUGCCGGCCCGGGGCGGCGGCGGCGACUUCCCGCGGCUCGUCCGCCCGAGAAACGCAGCGAGAAGCCCCCGCGUCGCCCGUGUAACGCCGUCCGUGACAUCCGACAUCCGUGGAGCUGUUUUCUUUCUCUCCCCCCUCCCACCCCCCUUCCCCUCCCUUCCCUCCUUCCCCGUUUGAUUUUGUCCGUCCAGGAAAAACCCAGCCCGUGCCUUGCCGAGUAGAGGUGCCGGUAUCGGGAGUUGAAGUGUCUUACCGGUGCAGAGCCGAGUCGUGCCGAGCCGUGCCCGGGCGCGGGGCUGGCCCCGUGCCGUGCCCCCGGGUGCCCGGCUCCUUCCCGAGGCGGGGAACGUCCACCCGCUGCCGGCCGGAGGGUCCGAGGUCAGGGGAUCCCUGGGUGGUUGGGGGGGAUGUGUUCAAAGCACCCUGACCCCCUUUUUCUUGCCCCGCAGCUGAGAGGGCCCAAUUCGGCACACCCCGGAGGGAGCGGCGGGCAGCCCGCGGCAGGGUUUUACCUGCACCACCGGUCUCAGGUCGAGUCCAACCGUGGUCACCCCACGGUGGAGAAAGUCCCACAUGAGAUACCAGUGGUGUUCAGGGGUCUGGCACUAGCCUGGCUGGGGUGGGACUGGGCGGGGGGGGGGAAUCGGUUGCUUUACUGGAGCCACCACGGAGAGAAAGCUGUCUGGAUCCGUUGCAAACUACCAGGGGAUAUCCUAGUCAUCUAGACCAAAUUGCUCACGUUUCUACAAUGAACUGAUGUAUAUAAAUAUGUCUGUCCUCCAUAGGUAUACUGUGUGUUUCAGCAAACUCAUAACGUGUUUUAGUCCUUUGUUUGUCUCUGUUAAUAAAGUCACUGUUCUGA